AUGUCUACGCAAUCGCACGCCUGCUGCACGGUCCCGCCCAUUGUGGACGACGGCUACAAGGAGAAGGGCAAAUGGAUCCAAUCCGACGGCCUGAAGACCUACCACACCGGCUCCAGCAGCGCGAAGAGCGGCAUCCUCGUCAUCUACGACAUCUUCGGCUUCUUCCCCCAGACGCUGCAGGGCGCGGAUAUCUUGUCGUCGGGUGACCAUGAGAAGCCCUACCAAGUCUUCAUGCCAGACUUCUUCGAGGGCUCGCCCGCAGACAUCUCGUGGUACCCGCCCGACACCGACGAGAAGGGCAAGAAGCUGGGCGAGUUCUUCAACACCAAAGCCGCGCCGCCCAAGACGCUCGAGCGCAUCCCCAAGAUCCUCAAAGAGCUGGAGUCAAAGCAUGGCAUUCAAGAAUGGGGCAUCCUCGGCUUCUGCUGGGGUGGCAAGAUUGUGAAUCUCGUUUCGCAAAAGGGCACGCCCUUCAAGUCUGCCGUCGCCGCUCACCCGGCCAUGGUGGAUGCGAACGAUGCCGCCGGCGUUACUAUUCCCUUCGCCAUGCUGCCCAGCAAGGACGAGCCGAAGGAGGAUGUGGAGAAGUGGCAGAAGGAAAUCAAGGUGAAGAAUGUGGUCAAGUGGUGGCCCGAGCAGAUCCACGGCUUCAUGGCUGCGCGCAGCGACUUGAAGGACCCGAAGGUGAAGAAGGACUACGAGGCGGCGUACAAGUUUGUGCUCGACUGGUUCCACGACACUAUGUGA